UUCUCCUUGUGUAGAUUUCAUGGAUGUGAUACAAUGACAAAGAUAGGCAAGUUAGAAACUACUGUAGAACUUAGUGUCCAGUUAUACAAUUAGAUACUAUAAUCAUAUACUAUAAGAUGAAGCCAUAUUGGUUCCAGAGGUGUUAAAAUGGGAUGGAGCUAUCUGGGCACUGCUUGCUUUUCCAAUAAUGUAAAUUUGAGAUGUCCUCACUUUCUCUCACUAGUUUCUCUCACUAGAAACAUCAUAAGUACCUCUUUGCUUGAAAUUCAACAAUUCCAUUCUCACUUGAAUUACUCUUCAGAAUCCUAUCGAAUUGAAUACCCAAAACCCAACUUGUUGAAUUCUUCGACUAGUGAAUUGACAGUAGAGAUCAUUCAUGCCAAAGUUAUAAAAAAGGGAUCUGUCCAACAGUUGCAAGUGGGGAACUAUGUUUUGAAUCUAUAUGUAAAAUCUCAGAACUUGGGUCAUGCACAAAAGGUGUUUGAUGAAAUUCCUGAUAGAGAUGUUCGGUCUUGGACGAUUCUUAUUUCUGGUUUUACUCGAAUUGGGUUAUCUAAAAUGGCAUUGGAUGUCUUUACUAAGAUGCAGAGAGAAGGCAUUAGUCCGAAUCAGUUUACUUUCUCGAGCAUUUUGAAGUGUUGUUCUAGUGUAAAUGAUGUUCGAUUGGGUAAGGUGAUUCUUGGGUGGAUGCUGCGUGAUGGCAUUGGUUUAGAUAUGGCGUUGGCGAACUCUAUCCUUGAUCAUUAUGCAAAAUGUGGGGUGUUUAACUAUGCCGAAAGAUUAUUUGAAUUACUGGCUGAGAAAGAUACCGUGUCAUGGAACAUAAUGCUUGGUGGGUAUUUGCAUAUUGGAGAUACAGUGAAGUCUCUUGAUUUGUUCAGAAGGUUGCCUUUCAAAGAUGCCGUGAGUUGGAAUACGGUUAUAGAUGGGCAUAUGCGAAAUGGGUUGAAAGGAAUUGCAUUGAAUCUUCUAUACGAGAUGGUAGAAGUUGGACCUAUGUUUAAUGAAAUUACUUUUAGCAUAGCUUUGGUCUUGGCUGCUUCUUUAUCAAUUUUGGAACUGGGGAAACAACUUCAUGGCAGGGUGCUGAGGGUUGGGAUCCAUGAAGAUGGUUUAGUAAGGAAUUCAGUUAUUGACAUGUAUUGCAAAUGUGGGCAAAUGGAGAAGGCAUCAGUGAAUUUCCGAAAUCUGCCUCAAGAUUUUGUGAGAACACGUGAUUCCAAGUUCUCUUCAGAUGAAUCGAUAGUGAGAUCUGUUUCAUGGAGUUCAAUGGUUAGUGGGUUCGUUCAAAAUGGUAGAUUGGAAGAGGCUUUGAAAUUUUUUUGCACUAUGGUUUAUGAACAGGUCGAGGUGGACAAAUUCACUCUCACAAGCAUUGUUUCUGCAUGUGCUAAUGCUGGGCUUUUGGAGCUUGGUCAGCAGAUCCAUGCCCAUAUUCUGAAAAUUGGGCACAAACCUGAUGUUUUCUUGGGUUCGUCAAUGGUUGACAUGUACGCCAAAUGUGGAAAGUUAAAUGAUGCUUGGUUGAUUUUCAUACAAACAAAGGUUCAAAAUGUUGUGUUGUGGACUUCAAUGAUAUCUAGUUAUGCUUUACAUGGGCAAGGAAGGGAGGCGAUUUCGCUUUUCGAGUUGAUGUUGAAUGAGGGGAUUACACCGAAUGAAGUGAGUUUUGUAGGGGUUUUAACUGCAUGUAGUCAUGCAGGUUUGGAAAAAGAAGGCUGCAGAUAUUUUAGGUUGAUGAAUGAAGCGUAUGGAAUCAAGCCUGGAGUUGAACACUUCACUUGCAUGGUAGAUCUUUUUGGCCGAGCUGGUCGUUUCGAGGAGAUAAAGGAUUUUAUUUAUAAGAAUGGUAUCUCUCAUCUGAGUGCGGUUUGGAGAGCAUUAUUAUCUUCUUGCAGAGUUCACAGAAAGGCUGAGAUGGCUCGGUGGGUUUCUGAGAAACUACUUGAACUUGAACCAUUUGAAGCCGGACCUUAUAUCUUGUUAUCGAACACUUGUGCUACUAACCACAAAUGGGUUGAGGCUGCUAAACUGAGGGCUUUAAUGCAAGAAAGGGGAGUUAAAAAACGUCCCGGUCUAUCUUGGAUUCAACUGAAGAAUCAAGUCCAUACUUUUGUCAUGGGAGAUAGGUCUCAUCCCCAAGAAGCUGAAAUUUAUUCUUGCUUAGACAAGCUAAUUGAAGAAUUAAAGGGGAUUGGGUAUUCAAAUGACGCAAAUCAGGUGAUGCAAGAUGUAGAAGAAGAACAAAAAGAAGUAAUUCUUGGUUUCCACAGUGAGAAACUUGCAGUUGCAUAUGGUCUUAUUAGCACAAGUUGCGGAACACCUCUUCGAGUUAUGAAAAACCUCAGAAUUUGUACUGACUGUCAUAACUUCGUGAAGUGCACUUCUCAGCUUUUAAAUAGGGAAAUAGUUGUUAGAGAUAUUCAUCGAUUUCAUCAUUUCAAGGAUGGGCACUGUUCUUGCGGAGACUACUGGUAAAUACAACAAGGGAUACUCACGCAUGUGAAACUUACGAGUCAUAAGCUAUGGAUCAUUCUGGAAGGCUGCAUGGGCCUUUUUAGAUGACCCGCAAAGCCACGGGACACAAUGGAAUGGUUCAACCUGAACCAACACCAAAGGCACCUAUUCAAAUGGGGUGCACUGGUUCACACCAAGUACAAUCAUUCAUAAGCCCAGCCCAAUUCAAAACAAUGAAACUCACUAGAGUAAGCCUAGCCCAAAAUAAAAUUAAAGCAAACACA